UGCCGAGUCUUUCAACUUACUUAUCUGGAGAACUAGACAGUUUUUAUUUGUUCUUUCAAUUCAAUUAUACAUUACUGCAGUCUUAAAAUGAAAUCAUUGUCCUAGGUGCAACGAUAAGUAUGUGCUUGAACUUGAUCUGGAGCCAUUUAAUGCAUCAUUCCCUCGACCAACCCGCUCGUCAUCAAUUGGAAAUGGGGUUCAAUUCCUUAACCGUCACUUAUCUUCAGUUAUGUUCCGUAACAAAGAAAGUUUGGAGCCUCUUCUCGAUUUUCUUCGUACACACAAACAUGAUGGACAUGCAAUGAUGCUAAACGAUCGGAUUCAGAGCAUACCCAGACUUCAGUCUGCUUUAGCAAAGGCAGAGGAAUAUCUUUCCAAGUUCCCGCCAACUACAUCAUAUUCUGAAUUUGAAUUUGACUUACAAGGAAUGGGAUUUGAGAGAGGGUGGGGUGACACAGCACAACGGGUGUCAGAGAUGGUGCAUCUUCUCUUGGAAAUUCUUCAGGCUCCAGAUCCCUCUACCCUGGAAAAUUUUCUUGGGAGGAUCCCUAUGGUGUUCAAUGUUGUCAUAGUGUCGCCACAUGGCUACUUUGGCCAAGCUAACGUCUUGGGUUUGCCUGACACUGGAGGGCAGGUUGUUUAUAUACUGGAUCAAGUGCGUGCCCUGGAGAGUGAGAUGCUUCUUAGAAUACAAAAUCAAGGAUUGGACGUUAUUCCAAAAAUUCUGAUUGUUACCCGACUAAUACCGGAUGCAAAAGGGACAACAUGCAACCAAAGAUUGGAAAGAGUAAGUGGUACAGAAUACACACAUAUCUUGCGGGUACCUUUCAGGACUGAGAAUGGGAUACUGCGGAAAUGGAUUUCAAGGUUUGAUGUGUGGCCUUACUUGGAGACCUUUGCAGAGGAUGCCUCGAAUGAAAUUGCCGCUGAGUUGCAAGGUGUUCCAGAUCUAGUCAUUGGAAACUAUAGUGAUGGAAAUCUUGUUGCAACUCUGUUAUCUUAUAAACUGGGAAUCACACAGUGCAAUAUUGCUCAUGCAUUGGAGAAAACAAAGUACCCAGAUUCUGAUAUAUUUUGGAAGAAGCAUGAGGAUAAGUACCAUUUUUCAAGUCAAUUCACAGCCGAUCUCAUUGCAAUGAACAAUGCAAAUUUCAUAAUCACCAGUACAUACCAAGAGAUUGCUGGAAGCAAAAAUAACGUUGGACAGUAUGAAAGCCACACUGCCUUCACUCUUCCUGGGCUGUAUCGAGUUGUUCAUGGAAUUGAUGUUUUUGAUCCCAAGUUCAAUAUCGUCUCCCCAGGAGCAGAUAUGUGUAUAUACUUUCCAUAUUCUGACAAGGAAAAAAGGCUUACUGCUCUACAUGGGUCAAUUGAAGAACUCUUGUAUGGUGCCGAGCAGAACGAUGAGCAUAUUGGGCUGUUAAGUGACAGAUCAAAGCCUAUUGUCUUUUCCAUGGCAAGACUUGAUAGAGUGAAAAAUUUAACUGGACUUGUUGAGUGCUAUGCUAAGAGCGCCAAGCUAAGAGAAAUGGUAAACCUUGUUGUGGUUGGUGGUUACAUGGAUGUCAAGAACUCUAGGGAUAGAGAAGAAACUGCAGAGAUUGAAAAGAUGCAUGACCUCAUUAAGAAAUACAACUUGAGUGGUCAGUUCCGAUGGAUAGCAGCACAGAUGAACCGUGCUCGUAAUGGUGAGCUCUACCGCUACAUUGCAGACACAAAAGGCGUCUUUGUGCAGCCUGCUUUCUAUGAAGCUUUUGGCCUCACCGUGGUGGAAGCCAUGACCUGUGGCCUUCCUACUUUUGCAACUUGUCAUGGUGGCCCUGCUGAGAUCAUUGAGCACGGUUCCUCUGGGUUCCAUGUUGAUCCGUAUAACCCUGAUCAAGUGGCUGAACUUCUGAUUGACUUCUUUGAUCGGUGCCAGAAGGAACCUGGCUACUGGGAAAAGAUAUCUCAAGCGGGACUUAAACGAAUUUAUGAAAGGUACACUUGGAAGAUAUAUUCAGAGAGGCUGCUCACAUUAGCUGGGGUUUAUGGCUUCUGGAAGCAUGUGUCUAAGCUUGAGAGGCGAGAGACAAGGCGAUAUCUGGAGAUGUUUUACAUUCUUAAGUACAGAAAUCUGGUGAAGUCCAUUCCGCUGGCCGUUGAAUAGCAGCAUUGAACUGUAAUAUGUGCCAAUGAAGCUGUCUGUCUGCUUGUUAUCGCUUUAGUAUGCAUUUGUUUCUGGUGUUGCCGAUCCUGUCUAACUGCUAUGGACAGGACCUUGUUAUUUCUUCUCGUUUGGUUUAAGAUGUUGUCAUUUCCCAUGGACCUUUGUAAUGUGUGGUAAAAGAAAUCCGAACGUCGUGCUCUACCUUUAAUAAGUUGAUAUUUUGGUACUGAAUCUCUGAGUUUAUGGACUUCUGAAA